UAAUCGAGAUUAGUUGAUAACAAUUUUCAUAAUCGAUUAUUAUCGAUUUUAUUGAUUGGUUGUUGCAGCGCUGGAAGAUAUUCAUAAUUACAACUAAUGGACAGCCAAUAGUUGGUAGCCCUAUGAAGGCCUCAUGUGUGGUAAUAAAGGUUUGCUGCGAUAGCCGGUGUUCCCGGGGUUACCAGUGUUGGGGCCGCACACAGAUUACAUCACUUUCCCACCACGGCACCGCCCCUACCGUUGUUUUGCCUUUUUGCAGUAAUAAAAAUCAUCUAGUUCAGUUAGAGAACGGACGCUACAAUUAAAAACUGAACGUACCUGCUCAAUUCAGCAUGAGCUGAAUGAGUCAGAGUCACAGCACAGAUCAGCAGGAGUCAGAUUUCAUUCAUCACGAGUGAGAGUGAGGUGAGCUGACUGACAACACGAUGGCAGAAGAUUUGGUUUCAAAAGUUCUAUGUUUAAUAUAAGCGAGUUUGCCAUUGUAUUGUUUUGCAGUUGUGUUUUUCGUUAAGAAUAAUAAUGAACCCACCAUUCAAGCCAUUGCCACCCCCGAAUUGCCGCUAAUUCAAAAGCGAAAGUAAAAUGUGCAGGGCUGCACAGGCAUUCAUAAGCAAGGGGGAUGUAUCUAUGUGGGCUAUGCUAUACAUUGUGCAAAGGAUUUUUAAAAAAAAUAUUAACAUUAUAUUUUGAAAACAAAAAAGCAACAACUGAUUGUCCACAAGCUUUAAAGCAGAAGUUAAAUCACUAUAUUAAAAAUGUAAAAAAAGAAAAACAAAAGCACAAACUAAGUGUUAACUGGUAAGAGGUUGAAUGUUCUGCAGUAACACACAUUCACUCAUCUGAACACAGUAACAUGUUACUUUAUUCUGUAAAUGUAUGACACUUCUUACAUUUCUGUACAAUUUCAUGUUAUAUCCCCAUUACAGUUACUGCUCUCAUGAAAAACACAAUGCCCUUUGUUUCUAAAUAUAGAAUCAAACAACAUAUUUGAUCAAAAUGAAUAUUUAAUCAGUUAUUGCACUUCCUUUCUAAUGCACGCUGUUUGAUUUACAUGCAUGCGUGGACUCAUGCUCAUUCAGUGAAGUUUAAUGGAGACUCAAUUGCUGUCAGGAUGAACCAUUAUGUAAAAUGGAAAUACUGGCAUGAAUUUAUAACAUUUACAGAUAAGUAUAUAAACAUAAAAAUGUCAUUUCUGUGAUGAAGAAAACAUGUCUGGAACACAUUAAAUAGCACACGUGUCUGUUGCAGCAUCUGACACGACAAGCCACGUUAAUACACUAAUGAGUUUGUUUGAAGUGUUUAAUAUAAAACAUUCUCAUGUUUUGGACAACCUGGUUCAUGCACUUUUCCCUCAGCAGCUCACUGUGUGACCUCCGGUGUUUUUCACAUGUGUUUUAUUCAUAGAAAUGCGUUUUUCACUAUUGUGAAAUGACGUCACUGACGGGGGUUAUCCACAGUGACGUCACAGACCCAACUAAUCCAAGCCAAGCUAAAGCACUUUACUUUAUGCUUUAAGAGUAAAAAACAAACCGUCAUGUGCAGAAGUGAGAUGCGUCAAGAAUCGUUUUUAUAAACACAUGAAGGCAACCUGAAUUGUAAUUGCCUGGAAUCAUAUGGGGUCCCACCACUACUGUUCUGAGUGAUGAAUAUGAGCAGCCAAGAACAGGAAUCUGAGACUACAAUGUGCACAGACUCACCCAAACCGAAGAGUUUGGGAAAAUGUGCCCUGGCCUGAUGACUCUCGAUUUCAGCUGUGACAUGCAGAUGGUACGGUCAGAAUUUGGCAUUGACAGCAUGAAUACAUGGACCAUGUGUCAGGCUGCUGGUGGUGUAAUGGUGUGGGGAUUGUUUCCUUGGCACACACUCAGUCCUUUAAUAGCAAUUCAGCACUGUUUGAGUGCCAGAGUCUAUCUGAGUAUUGUUGCUGACCCUGUGCAUCCCUUUAUGACCACAGUUGACACAUUUUAUAAUGGCUACUUCCAGCAUGCUAAUGCACCGAUUCACAAAGCACAAGUCAUCUCAAACUGGUUCUAUGAACAUGGUAAUGAGUUCACUGUAUUUCAGCUAUCUCUCCUAGAUGUGGUAGGAUGGGGGGGUCACAGCCUGAUUGUGCAGCUGACAAAUCUGCAGCAGUUAUAUGAUGCAGUCAUGUCGACAUGGAUCAGAAUGUCAAAGGAAGGUUUCCAACACCUUGUAGAACCCAUGCAGGAAGAAUUGAGGCUGUUCUCAGAGCACAGGGGUUCCUUCCCAGUAUUAGUAUGGUGGUCCUAAUAAAGUGGUUGGUGGGUGUAUUUAAUAUAUAAUGUAUGUGAUGUAAUAUUUCACAGGAAUUACAAACGUGUCUGCUGGACAAAAGAUACGUUGGCUGAUAAUAGUAUAAUAUUAAUAUUAAAAAUUCAUAAUGAAGCUGUGGGUUCUGCUGAUUUUCUAGAUUUUGUAGAAUUACUUGUAAGCGCAGCUUCAUUAUUAGUAUGAAAAUCAACCACACACAAGUCUGUUACUACUAUUACUUGUUCUGUUUGUUCUAUCAUCUCAGCUGGUUGUUAAUAGGCUGCAAUAUCAAGCUGAGCAGUAGAUGAAAACCUUCCAAGUGUUUGGAGGCAACCAUAUUACCUGUGCUACACUGCACCGAGAAAGUACAACACACUGCUUAGCAGUGAACAAUUCUUCAUACAAAAGAACAAGCAAAAUGAGCAGUACUAAUAUCUACUGGACCCCACCCAUGUCAGUUGGGACUGGGUGAAAAAGAGAGAGAGACAGACUGCUAUUUUUCUUGAACUUCUGAACCUAAAGAACAAUUUUUCAAAGGAGAGACUGCAUAGAACCCAUCCUCUUAAACUCCACCCCAGGCAAGAUCCAAACAGAGCCUGGAAGGUUGGGCAGCAACAGCCGGGGUUCAAUGGCAACGGCACCAUAGGGCUGCCAUGGCAGCAGCUGCCACCGAUGCCCCACACCACAUAACCACACUGACGCCGGAGGACGAGGAUCGACGAGCUGCCCCCAAACUGUUUGGAGGUCCAGCUCAAGUGAGGACAGAGAGUGAGAAGGAGACAGAGAAGGAGGAAAGCGGCAAGGAGUGUUUGGUGUGUGGCACCUUUUUCAGCUCACAGGAUAAGCUUCAGAUCCACACAUUCAGUCACACAGGAGAGAAACCUUUCCACUGUUCCCAGCCCCACUGCCACAAGGCCUUCAGCUCCAAAUAUAAGCUCUACAGGCAUAUGGCCACACACUCCCCACAGAAGACCCACCAGUGCUCAUUCUGUGAAAAGAUGUUCCACCGUAAAGAUCAUCUGAAAAAUCACCUGCAGACCCAUGACCCCAACAAAGAGGCUUUUAAGUGUGAGGAGUGUGGCAAGCACUAUAACACAAAGCUAGGCUACAAGCGCCAUGUGGCCAUGCACUCUGCCACAGCAGGAGACCUGACCUGCAAGGUAUGUUUGCAGAGCUACGAGAGCACUCCUGCCCUCUUGGAUCACCUCAAGAGCCAUUCUGGCAAGUCUUCAGGUGGUACCAAGGAGAAGAAACACCCAUGCGAUCACUGUGACCGUCGCUUCUACACCCGCAAGGAUGUUCGCCGACACAUGGUAGUGCACACGGGUCGCAAAGAUUUCCUGUGCCAGUACUGUGCCCAGCGCUUCGGAAGAAAGGACCACCUCACACGACAUGUGAAGAAGAGCCACUCACAGGAGCUGCUGAAGAUCAAGACAGAGCCACCAGAUAUGCUGACUCUACUUGGUUCUGGCUCUCCAACCUGUGCUGUGAAGGAAGAGCUCAGUCCUAUGAUGUGUAGCAUGGGCCCCAACAAGGACUCCAUGAUGACCAAACCUUUCCGCAGUGGUACCCCUUUCUCUAUGGGCAUGUACAACCCACACCACCUCCAGGCCAUGUCCAGCCCAGGAUUGGGUCACCAUCACUCCUUGGUUCCUGGGUCACUGUCUGCUGCUAUGGGUAUGGGUUGCUCCAUGGAGCCUCCUUCAGCCUUGCACCACCAUCAUCCACAUCACCACCACCACCACCACCACCCACACCAUCCUUCCCCUCCACCUCCACCACACCAGCAACAGACUCCACUGCAACCCCAAACCCAGCAGCAGCAUUCCCAACCUCCCAAGUACCAGCUCGGAUCUACCUCAUACUUGCUGGAUAAGCCCCUAAAGGUGGAGAUGGAGAGUUACCUGAUGGAUCUGCAGAGUGGCUUGCCAGUCCCACCACCACCUUCGGCUGAUCCCCAUUCUGCUGCCUCACCUAAUAAAGAUGGUCUGGAGCCUCCACCCGGCUUAACGGAUGAGCUGUGUGGGGAUCCCCUCCUAUCUAAAAGCCCUGCCGUCAUUGCUGAAUCUCUGUGUGCUGCUAACAUGGACUUCUCCCAUUUACUGGGCUUCUUUCCGCUAAACCUGCCUCCCUAUAGCACUCCCAUGAGUUCGGGAGGCCUGGUGAUGGGCUACUCCACCUCCACUGCUUCUUCUUCCUCAUCAUCGUCAGCAUCUUCACAUGCUGCCGAGUCUCAUGCUGCCACAGCAACAGCCUCAGUGCCUCUUACCUCUUUGCAACAUCAACCUCAGGAGCAACCAGGCUCCAGCGGAGGUCUUGGUCUUGGGUCCCUGCACCCACUCCCACCAGUGUUUAGCUCCAGCCUUAGUACGACCACUUUGCCUCGCUUCCAUCAGGCCUUUCAAUGAGGCUCCCACCCCACCCUGGUCUGCCACAGGAUGAGACAGCUGAGGUGGCCCAGGGAAGAGGAGCUUUAGGGCUCCCUCUAGGGGUGGGAGAAUAAAACAAUUGAACACAUAGAAGCCUUAAUUGAAGUGCACAAAUGCUUUUAAAUGAGCCUGGAUAAAACAAUUUAUUUUCAAAAAGGAAGUAAAACAUAGGAAAUAAGAAUACCAUGGAGCGUUUAUUUAGGCUUUUUCAUCUAUAUCUUAGUUAAAACUUCCCCCCAACCCUUGUCUCACCAAUUACUAGUUAGGAGGCAGCACCAACAGGCCUUUAAGGAAUGGUACCACGUAAUAUAUAAAGUAAUAAUAUGAUUUGGAGAAAGGCAAAGAAUAAUGUAUAAAAAGUAAUGUCUUUUAAGACUCUGAAAGAAUAGUUUGAAGUUAUUAAGCUUUUUUUUUGUUUUUUUGCUUUUACGAAUAUGAGACUUAAUUUAUAUCGUCUCUGUUCUAUUAAAGUCAGGUAUCAUUUAAUUGCCCUUAAACUAAAACUGCCUUGGCAGCCAGGAGAGGAAAAUUAGUGGAGGAAAGAAGUUGUGAUGUUGCAUAAAAAUUCUCACCUCUUAAAAAAAAAAAAAAAAAAAAAGCAAAUUCAUUAUACAUUUAUAUAUUAAAAAAAUUCCCCAUAAAAUGUAUUAGUUCCAGUUGUUUAGAACCCCCCACAUAUAAAAAAAACCACACACUUUAAUAUAAACAAGUUGCUCCAUAUAAAUGCACACUGCUCUUCUAAAAGGUAUUUAUUGCAAAUACAGAUUUUGUGAGCAAUCUAAGAUAUACAAUAAAAGGAAGAAGGCAAGAAAGGCAGCAAAUAAGCUGCACAAUUUUACAAUCCUGCUUUUAUAUGCUGUGACCAUUCAGAAGUAAGGACAAAUAAAAGGAUAAUGUAAAAAAAA